AUGAAUAAGCAAAAAACGACAGCAACUAUUAUCAAUGAUGAAGCAGAAAUGUCUAGUACCAACACUGUGAUCGACACGAACAAGCAUGCUGCUAUGCUGCCACGACCUGUUCGUCGUUCGCUUCAAAACUCUCUGUUGAUAUGGCUUGAUACCGAUCUCGAUGAAUUCAAAGACCAGUAUAAAAAAGCAAUAGAACAUCUACGUGAUAUUCUUGUUUCAGUCAUUACAUUUACAGACGUUGAUGAAUGUAUGAAUUUUCUUAGUAAACUUGAAAAUGAAAAAGUAUUCAUGAUUGUAUCGAGUGUGCUAGGACAACAUAUAAUCGUAGAAAUUCAAAAAUAUCCACAAUUAAUCUCCAUUUAUGCUUUAUGUGACAAUCAAUUGAUUCAUGAGGAAUGGAUCAAAGCAAUACCUAAAGUGAAAGGUGUGUACACACAAAUUGAACCGAUCUGUGACGCAUUACGAAUCGAUCAUGAAGUUCAUGAUCGAGCUAUGAUACCGAUCAGUUUUAAUCGUAUUGACCCAUUAUUCAUGUAUACACAAUUGUUGAAAGAAGCGCUUUUGGAUAUAGAAGAUGAUGAUACAAAAACUAUUAAAGAAUUCGUUGAAUAUUGUCGUCUUGAAGGGGAUGCUUCCGAACAAACACUUGAAAAGAUCGAAAGAGAAUAUCGUAAUCAUUCACCCAUUUGGUGUAACAUUUUAAUUCCUUUAAGUCGACGUAUUUUGGAUAGUAAAAGUUAA